AGUGGGGUCCAGAAACUCCACGUGCGGUCCCUCCCCCUACCGGCCGCCGCGGCGGCUCCGCUGCUGCCAUGGAGCCCGCGGGUCUGGAGCAGAUCCUUCGGGAGCUGCUGCAGCCGGACACCGAACGCAUCCGCCGGGCCACCGAGCAGCUCCAGAUCGCUCUUCGGGACCCCGCCGCCCUGCCCGCGCUCUGCGACCUGCUGGCCUCGGCCGCCGACCCUCAGAUCCGCCAGUUUGCGGCCGUGCUGACCCGCAGACGACUGAGCACCCGCUGGCGACGGCUGGCGGCGGAUCUUCGGGAGAGCCUCAAGUCCCUGGUUCUGACGGCACUCCAGAAAGAAACAGCGCACUCUGUGAGCCUUAGUCUGGCCCAGCUCUCAGCAACCAUUUUUCGAAAGGAAGGCCUGGAGGCCUGGCCUCAGCUCAUGCAGCUACUUCAACACAGUACCCACAGCCCCCACCUGCCAGAGAGAGAGAUGGGACUUUUAUUGCUAAGUGUGCUGGUGUCCUCCCGACCCGAGGCCUUCCAGCGCCACCACCGGGAACUUCUUCGGCUUCUAAAUGAGACCCUUGGUGAGGUGGGCUCUCCUGGCCUCCUCUUCUACUCCCUGCGCACACUAACCACGAUGGCCCCCUACCUCGGCACUGAGGAUGUGCCACUCGCACGGAUAUUGGUGCCCAAACUCCUCAUGGCUGUGCAAACUCUGAUCCCUGUAGAUGAGGCAAAGGCCUGUGAGGCCGUAGAGGCCCUGGAUGAACUGCUGGAGUCAGAAGUGCCCAUCAUCACCUCCCAUCUCUCGGAGGUCCUCAACUUCUGCCUGGGGGUGGCUAGAAACGUGGCCCUGGGUGAUGCGAUACGUGUGCGUAUUCUCUGCUGCCUCACUUUCUUGGUGAAAGUCAAGAGCAAGGCCUUACUGAAGAAUCGUCUUCUGCCACCUUUGCUGCACACCCUCUUCCCUAUAAUGGCUGCUGAGCCCCCCCUCGGCCAGCUGGAUCCCGAGGACCAGGAUUCAGAGGAAGAAGAGCUAGAAAUUGGACUGGCUGGGGAGACUCCCAAGCACUUUGCUGUACAGGUCGUGGACAUGCUGGCGUUACAUUUGCCCCCAGAGAAGCUCUGUCCCCUUCUGAUGCCCAUGCUGGAGGAGGCCUUGCGGAGUGAGAGCCCAUACCAGCGCAAGGCUGGGCUCCUGGUGCUGGCUGUGCUGUCUGAUGGAGCUGGCGACCAUAUCAGACAGAGACUGCUGCCUCCACUGCUGCAGAUCGUGUGCAAGGGCCUCGCAGACCCAUCACAAGUUGUACGCAAUGCUGCGCUAUUUGCCCUGGGCCAGUUCUCAGAGAACCUACAGCCUCAUAUCAGCAGCUAUUCAGGGGAGGUGAUGCCACUGCUCCUGACCUACUUGAAGUCGGUGCCUCCAGGGCACACACACCACCUAGCCAAGGCCUGCUAUGCCCUGGAGAAUUUUGUGGAGAAUCUCGGAUCUAAAGUACAGCCCUACCUUCCGGAGCUUAUAGAGUGUAUGCUGCAGCCCCUGAGGAGCCCCAGUAGCCCCCGGGCCAAGGAGCUGGCUGUGAGCGCCCUGGGGGCCAUUGCUACGGCUGCCCAGGCCUCCCUGCUGCCCUACUUCCCCACCAUCAUGGAGCACCUGCGGGAAUUCCUGUUGACAGGCCGUGAAGACCUUCAGCCUGUGCAGAUCCAGAGCCUGGAGACACUGGGGGUGCUGGCACGAGCAGUGGGGGAGCCCAUGAGGCCCCUGGCUGAGGAAUGCUGCCAGCUGGGGCUGGGCCUAUGCGACCAGGUAGACGACCCUGACUUGCGGCGCUGCACGUACAGCCUGUUUGCAGCCUUAUCGGGGCUGAUGGGUGAAGGCCUGGCCCCCCACCUGCAGCAGAUCAUCAUGCUCAUGUUGUUAUCGCUGCGUUCUACUGAGGGCAUUGUGCCUCAGUAUGACGGAAGCAGCUCCUUUCUUCUGUUUGACGAUGAGAGUGAUGAGGAGGAAGAGGAGGAACUCAUGGAUGAGGAUGAGGAAGAGGAGGAAGACUCUGAGAUCUCAGGGUACAGCGUGGAAAACGCCUUCUUUGACGAGAAGGAAGACACUUGUGCAGCCCUAGGGGAGAUCUCUGUGAAUGCCAGUGUGGCCUUUCUUCCCUACAUGGAGACUGUUUUCGAAGAAGUCUUCAAACUGCUGGAGUGCCCUCACCUAAAUGUGCGGAAGGCAGCACACGAAGCCCUGGGUCAGUUCUGCUGUGCACUGCACAAGGCUUGUCAGAGCUGCCCCUCAGAACCCAACACUGCUGCUCUGCAGGCUGCCCUGGCCCGGGUGGUGCCAUCCUACAUGCAGGCAGUCAACGGGGAGCGCGAGCGCCAGGUGGUGAUGGCUGUACUGGGGGCCCUGACUGGGGUGCUGCGCAGCUGUGGGGCCCUCACGCUGCAACCCCCCGGGCGCCUUGCUGAGCUCUGCAGCAUGCUCAAGACUGUGCUGCAGAGGAAGACAGCCUGUCAGGACUUGGAGGAGGAGGAGGAGGAGGAGGAAGAGGAGCAGGCUGAAUAUGAUGCCAUGUUGCUGGAGCAUGCUGGUGAGGCCCUCCCUGCCCUGGCAGCAGCAGCCGGGGGAGACGCUUUUGCCCCCUUUUUUGCUGGCUUUUUGCCAUUACUGCUUUGCAAGACGAAACAGGGCUGCACAGUGGCAGAGAAGUCCUUUGCCGUGGGGACUCUGGCAGAGUCCAUUCAGGGCCUGGGUGCUGCCUCAGCUCAGUUUGUGUCCCGGCUGCUCCCUGUGCUGUUGAGCACUGCCCGGGAGGCAGACCCUGAGGUGCGGAGCAAUGCCAUCUUUGGGCUGGGUGUGCUGGCAGAGCAUGGGGGUCGCCCCGCCCAGGAACACUUCCCUAAGCUGCUGGGGCUCCUGUUGCCCCUCCUGGCCAGGGAGCGCCAUGACCGUGUCCGAGACAACAUCUGUGGGGCACUCGCCCGCCUGCUUAUGGCCAACCCCACCAGGAAACCAGAGCCCCAGGUGCUGGCUGCUCUGCUGCAUGCCCUGCCCCUGAAGGAAGACUUGGAGGAGUGGGUCACCAUCGGGCACCUCUUCAGCUUCCUGUACCAGAACAGCCCUGACCAGGUUGUCGAUGUUGCUCCUGAGCUUCUGCGCAUCUGCAGCUUCAUUCUGGCUGACAAGAUCCCAGCAGACACAAAGUCCGCACUGCUGCUGCUCCUGACCUUCUUGGCCAAGCAGCACAACAACAGCUUCCACUCAGCACUGGGCUCAUUGCCUGACGACAAGGCCCAAGAGCUUCAGGCUGCCCUGGGCCUCACCUAGACUGCAGGCUGCAGCUGGGCCAGAGAGAAGAGCACCUCGUCCAGGCCCCCAGAUCAUCUCUUACCCCAGUUCUAGUACACACCUUACCAAAGAUUCUGGGACUCACACACCCAGCAGGAGACUCUCAGUCCUGCUUGCUGCCUUAUGGUUCUGGGACUCGAUCUGUUACACAGUGGGACAAUGCCAACGAUCCAUGACAUCAUACUGUAAUAAAGGCAGUUUCUUUUCUGCUUGAACA